GAUGCGCCGGGGGCGUCCGCGCGCCGCCUCACUCAGCCUGCCCGGGCGCAGAUGUGGGCCGGGGCGCUGCUCCUGCGCUGCGGGGCGAGGCUGCGGCACCGGCUCCUCCCGCGGCGGCAGCAGCAGCAGCGAGCCCGCGGCGCCAUGAGGCUGGAGUCGCCCCAGUUCCAGGCGCUCUUCACGCCGGGGCUGCGAGGCGUGGCCGAACUGUUUGAGAAGAAGAACUAUGAGCUGAGAAUAGCAGGAGGUGCCGUGAGGGAUUUGCUUAGCGGGAUGAAACCAGAAGAUGUAGAUUUUGCCACUACGGCAACGCCAGCAGAGAUGAAAGAGAUGUUCACGUCUGCUGGUGUUCGUCUGAUCAAUAAUAAAGGAGAAAAACAUGGAACCAUUACUGCGAGGCUCCAUGAACAGAAUUUUGAAAUAACAACUCUCAGAAUAGAUGUUAUCACCAAUGGACGACAUGCAGAGGUAGAAUUUACCACUGACUGGGAAAAGGAUGCUGAAAGGAGAGAUCUCACUGUCAAUUCCAUGUUUUUAGGUUUGGAUGGAAUACUGUAUGAUUUUUUUAAUGGAUAUGAAGACUUAAAAAACAAGAAAAUUAGAUUUGUAGGACAGGCAAGUGAGAGAAUACAGGAAGACUAUUUACGAAUCCUGAGAUAUUUCAGGUUUUACGGAAGAAUUGCAGAAAAGCCUGGUGAUCACGAACCCAGCACACUGCAGGCAAUUAAAGAAAAUGCCAAAGGCUUGGCUGGAAUAUCAGGAGAAAGGAUUUGGGUGGAACUGAAGAAAAUUCUUCUUGGAAACCAUGUAAAUCAUUUGGUUCGACUUAUGUGUGAGCUUGAUGUUGCCCAAUAUAUAGGACUACCACUUAAUGGAAAUUUAGAGGAAUUUGACAGAGUCACAAAAAAUGUUCAAAAUCUGUGUCCAAAACCGAUGACUGUUCUAACGUCACUGCUCAAGGCAAAGGAUGAUGUCACAAAUCUUGAUUUGAGGCUGAAAAUCUCCAAAGAAGAGAAGAACCUUGGGCUUUUUAUAGUGAAGCAUCGGCAAGACCUAACCAAAGCUAUGGGUCCAGAACCACUUAAGCCGUAUCAGGACUUCAUAAUGGAGUCUAGGGAAGCUAAUACAAAUUCCAGGAUCUGUGAGCUUCUAAAAUACCAAGGAGAAGAACAUCUUUUAAGAGAACUGCAGCAAUGGACUGUUCCUUCUUUUCCUGUUAGUGGCCAUGAUUUAAGAAAAAUGGGAAUUUCUUCUGGGAAAGAAAUUGGAACAGCUUUACAACAAUUGAGGGAUGAAUGGAAGAAGAGUGGAUACCACAUGGAUAAAGAAGAACUCUUAAGUUGCCUGAAAAAGCUGUAAAAUUGUAUAAUAGCUGAGAACUGUUUAUGCCCUAUCUAAAUAGACCCAAGGUACUAGUAAAUACAUUGUCAGUGUAUUAUCUGCCAGUAUAGCAUUUUGUAUUGUAAAGACCUUCACAUGCAAACUGUUCUCCUGUUAACUAGCUCGUAAGAAGUUCUGCAAGCACAGGGUCAGUUUUGCAGUAAAGAAGAAUGUUAUUUGCCAAAUUCUAAAAAGCCUACCUCCUUUUGAUGGUUUUAUUUAUAAAUACUUAUACUUCAUCUUCACUUAGGACAAGUAGAAGUGACACCAGGAUUUUUCUCAUUCUGACUUGCUGCAUCCAGAAAGUGUAGCUAGAUAAAAUUAUCUUCCUCAUGUUUGUUUUUCUUUCCCUCCCCUCCACUCUCUUUAGGGAAAUAAAGUGAUCUAGAUGUUUUUGUAGGUAAAGCUAAAUAUCAAGUUGAAAUCUUCAUGUGUGCUUUUACUAUGUAAAACAUGUAUGUUUUCUUGAAAGAUUUUAUUUUUCAUAAUUUCAGAAUCAAUUUCUGCUUAACAGGAUGAUUUAACUGCCUCAGUUUCACAAGCACUAUCUAUCUACUUGGAUAUGUGAACUUCCUCUCUCUUCAGUAGUCUUUCAGUAACUUACUCCUGACUCUGAAUAACUAAGUUUAUAGAAGAUUGGUGAAGGGGUCUACAAUAUGUUUUCAAUUUUUUAUGUGCAACAUUAAUGUUAAUAGUAGAAAGGAAGGGAGAUCAACGUUCCCUGCCUUUUAUUUGUUUGUUUUUCUCUGUGUCAGGUCAGUGACUCCUGUUCUCCUUCCUUUUCCUUUCACAGCACAUUCACUGCAAAGGAAUUAAGAUGACAUUGUUAAUGUGCCUAAUCUUGAGCUAAAUCACAUAGUUCUGUCAUCUUUGAAGUGCAACCACUCUAGAAAAAGUUGUCGGUUUGCAUUCUCCACAUAUCUUUUCUUGUAACUUACAGCAGUAAGACACAGAGGCAUUUACCCAUUCUCUGCCUUGCAGUCAUUCCUUUGAAAUCAGUAGGAAUAUUUCAGAAAGAAGUCUUUAAUAUCCUUCCUACUAUCGUCAGAACAGGAUCUUCCCUAGUUAAUUAAUUAACAUAGAAUUAACAUAUCCAUACUUACCUUCUGCCUAAACUUAUCCACAUUAAAAGUGCUCUCUGACUUCAGUUCAAAAGGAAAUUUGACUCUUCAGCAUUAUUAAAUAUAUCAAUAAUAUUUUGGAAAAUAAGAGAAAUAAAUGGGUUUGAUUAUUAGUCAAAGCUGAUGAGGAGGGAGGAAACUUAAGCAAGAAGUUUGCUUGCAUACAGUAUCCAAUAAAUUGUAAAAAUCCA